AUGUCGGACUCAUCUGUCAAUGGCGACCACUUGGCUGCGGCCAGACCCUCGAGCUCUCCCAACUCGAAGAGAAAGGCCAGCGACGCCGGCCUGCCUGCUACUGGCACCAGGAUUCACAAGAGUGUCAAGAGACGUGCCUCAAAGGCCUGUCAAUCGUGCAGAGCUCGCAAAGUACGCUGCAAUGUCGUCGAGCAGAGUCCUUGCACCAAUUGCAGACUCGACGAGGUUGAAUGUAUAGUCUCGGAGAGCAAGCGCAAGAAGAAGUGGACAAAGGCAGACGAAGAAGGAAACGCAACAGGAGGCUGCUCUCCUCCUGUUCCUGCCCCGAUACAACAUACCAAUCUGAACUUCCAUGACUCACCAGGGCAUUUACCCCAUUCGCUUUACCAGGAUCUCGACCCUCAAUCCUUCGAUCCUGCUCGCCGCCAAAGUCUAGCAAGAUCCAUCUCGAUACCCCAUGAUCCAACAGACAACAUCUCCCUAUCAGGAGUCGACCCCAAUGCUCUCUUUGGCUUACAGUCUCAUACCCCCCCACCUCCUCACCACACACUCCCGGCCUUCAUCAGGUCCCUUCCCUCUACUUUUGGUCCAGAGGAUCUGGCGUAUUUGGGCAAGAAGGGUGCCCUUACAUUACCACCACCCGCCUUGCGCUCUGCUCUUCUACGAUGCUUCGUAGAGAACAUCCAUCCGUAUAUGCCGCUACUGGACAUUCACGAGCUCAUCAACACUGUAGACAACAAUGAUUCUAGCUCGGCUAUAAGUCUUCUAUUAUUCCAGGCCAUCAUGUUUGCAGGCGUGGCUUCGGUCGAUAUGGCGUAUCUUCACACUGCUGGCUACACUAACAGAAGAGCCGCCAGACGCGACUUUUUCCAGAAGACUAGACUUCUAUAUGACUUUGACUAUGAAGCUGACAGAAUCUCUUUGAUUCAAUCUUUGCUUCUCAUGACUUUCUGGUACGAAACCCCGGACGAUCAGAAGGACAGCCAUCACUGGAUGGGUAUUGCUGUAUCUCUCUCACACACCAUUGGUCUCCACCGCAAUCCGGAACGUUCCAACAUGAGCCCUCAACAAAAACGUCUUUGGAAGCGCAUCUGGUGGGCAACUUACAUGCGCGAUCGUCUCAUUGCUUUGGGAAUGCGCCGUCCAACAAGGAUAAAGAACGAGGAUUUCGACGUACCCAUGUUGGCGAUAGACGACUUUGAGUUCGCCGUUCUGUCUAACCCAUCAUCCUGCAUUCCGCCCAGCUGCAAACUCAUGCAGGACACAUCUAUGCAAAGGGACGUGGCCAUCAUGUGUAUCGAGAAGGCCAAAUUGUGCAUCUGCAUCAGCCAUGUUUUGUCUACGCAGUACUCGGUCUUGCACAACAAUCAUGGUGUUCAGAGUCAAGAAGGAACUACGCGUACUACCAUGAUGCUGGUAGCACGUAAAGAUGAUCCGGAAAAGUGCUCUGUCAAGGCAUGCGAUGAAGAACUUAAACAGUGGAAAGCAGCUCUCGCGCCCGAAGCAAAAUACAAGCCCUCAUCAUUGUUCGACCUUACAGCUGGCAAGGGAGUGACCGCACUCCAUCGCUCACUUUUGCACAUGAUUUACCUGGCUACUCUCUCAGCUCUGCACAGACCUCAAGUGCUCCCAUCAACGGCCGCGCCAUCUCGAAAGAUGGCUUCCGAAGUAUUGGAUACCUCUAGAAGGACCGUUCGUUUUGCAGCCAACAGACUCACUGCGAUAGCUCAGAAUUUGAACGAGCUCGAUCUCAUCCGCUGCUUACCUACCUCGGGUAUCACCGUUCUGUUGCCGGCUAUCAUUAUUCAUCUCCUCGACAUCAAAGCACCAGAUGAGACGACUCGCCGUGCCAGCUUGCAGGGUUUCUGCCAAUGCAUGCAGAUUCUGAACAAGCUGCGCGACAUCUACGCUGCAGCAGACUAUUCGACCGCUUUCUUGGAAGCAGCAAUUCGCAAAGCAGAAAUCACACUUCCUUCCAAGAUGGGCCCACCACCACGACCAUCGCAUGUUGCUAACAUGUCCACCGUAAUGAAAACGGCACGAACAGGACAUGUCAAUGCCAGCCGUCUUACACCACCACCAGAGCUUGCUGCCAGCAUGAACAACGACCAACAAUCGCAAUCUCACCAGCUGCAGGCCGAUCAACAGGAGCAGCAAGUCUCAGAGAACGACUUGGCUCAACAUUUAAACAACUUCCUCGCUUCUACGCCUCCAGGUUCCGAGCACACGACCGACAGCCAGAUUGACGAGACCACAGCAGCGGCCUUCAACAUUCCCGCCCUGGAUGCUGAUUUCGAUACUCUGAUCAACUUGGACGCGGCUGGAGAGUCAUUCACUUUCGAUGAUGGCACUUUCCCUGCUAUGCCUGCUUUCGACUCGAUCGACGGUGGGUUCGAGGAUAUGGACUGGAUGAAGCACAUGAACACUAAUGAUGAAAUUUCUUUUGGCAUUUAA